UGUCAAACUGGAGAAUGUCAAUCUCCAAAAACUUAAGGAUGAAUAUCAGAAGGAGAUAAAACAACAACAGGAGGUGAUUCUGAGGUUACAAGGAGAAUUAGAAAAUACUAAAGCUGAAGAAGAAGCAAAAUGUAAAAGCUGUUUCCAUCAGGGCUUUCUAUUGGCACAGAAGCUGGCAGUUGCUGAAGAAAAUGGUCUACUCCAACAGCUAGCAAUGAUAAAAGAGAUGCAGUCGAUUCUGAGAAUAAUUACAACAGGAAAAAAGUAAGAAUUUGUAGAUGUUUCGGACUUGAAUAAUUCUUGUUGAUUUAUUAUAAUACAGUAAUAAUAUGAUAGAUGCAAAUGGAUAGAAUAACGAGACUAAUAGAUUCUAGUGUUUUCCUGUUCUGAUAUUAGUGUUUUUCUAGUUGUAUUUAGAAAAUUCUUAUCAUGUUUAGCUUCCAAUUAAUAGGAUAUAGGAUUCAUGGUAAUAAUUUGUACCUAAUUUAUGAUGUGCAAUAAUCAAAAUAAUUUAUUUUAAGACUGAAAUUGUGUUUUGAAUCGAUUUUUUCAUUUGUCUCUCAAAUGUCCCUUAACACAUUUUUGAUAAUAAUUUUAGAUGAACUUUUAUUUUCAAAAGUUCUGUUGUUGGUGUGAAUAAAGUGAUUCAUAAUAAUUUCAAAGGAGAAUAAACCGUUCAAGCUUGGAUAUGAAUCUUGAAAGAAUUUUCCCAAUCACUAAAUUAGGUCCUAGAAAUCUAUUAUUCAAAAUAUCAAAUGAUAGCAAAUCAAAUGGUACGAUACUACCUUGGUAUGGUACCGUAGGCUAAUGAUAAAAUAAUAGAUAAUGCAACAAAUAGUAAGACUAUUCAUAAUGCAUUCCAUAGUUUAAAACAGUUAACCCAGUUUGUGAUCAUUACAAGCUUACAAGAGGUCUUCAGCCAUAACAUUCUCUAUAAUAAUAAUAAUAAUGUUUAUGAUUAUUUCUGUUAAAUUCAAACGUAGUUACAAUACAGUUUUAUCUUGGCAAUCGUGUCCUUGAUGAAUAAACGGGUUUGGGCUGCCAAAAGUAGCUGGAUAGCUGAUACAUUGGUUCAAUGUACCUG